UCUAAUCGCAUCAUUGGACGUGAAAAGUGCGUUGGUCCAUCAAGUGUGUUUGUAGGGAGUGUUGUUUGUUUGUACCAUAUCAGAAAAAGAGACGGGCUUCAUGUUAGCCAUUUACUUGAAGACAGCUCAACUUUCCGCUCACAUAGGUUGUAACUGUGUAGAGUUGACAAACUACUAGCAAGGUAACGUUACCUAGCUAGCCAGCUAGCUGAGUUACCAGAUUCGCAAGGUAACGGAUAACUAAGCUAGCUAGUUAGCCAAAAGAGUUUUCUAAACCAUGGGUUCUUCCAAGAAACACAAGGAAAAGGACCGUGAUAGAGAUGCUGAGGAGCGACACCGCGAGCACAAAAAACACCGUCACAAGGAUCGCGAGAGGGAUAAGGAGCGGGACAGUACCCGAGACAAAGAGAAGAGAAAGCGGUCACGGUCGCGAGACAGAAGUAGCCGGGGGGCCGAGAAGGAAAGUCGCAGUAAAGGCGAUAAAAGCACCGGAGAGCCGCGAGUAAAGAAAGAAAAAACUGAUCUCGGAUAUGAGGAGACUACUGAAAUUGGACCACAGUCUGCAAGUGGAGAUGCCUCCCUUAGUAUUGAGGAUACGAACAAGUUGAGGGCCAAACUUGGCCUGAAGCCCCUUGAUCUGAAUGAAGCCAAGAAAGAGCUGGGCACCAAAGAGGAUCCAAAGGUGGCUGAGACCAUCAACCCUGUCACGAUCAAAAAACAGAAGGAGAUGAGGGAGAAACUGGCUGCCAUGAAGGAGAAGCGCCUGCUCAAUCAGAAACUGGGUAAGGUGAAGACUCUGGGGGAGGAGGAGCCCUGGCUGGAUGACACAGCAGUCUGGGUGGAGAGGAGUCGCAAACUGACCAAGGAGAAGGAGUUGGCGGAGAAGAGGGCUAAGAUGCUUCAGGAGAUGGAUGAGGAGUUCGGUGUGAGCAGUCUGGUGGAACAGGAGUUUGCUCAUGACAAAAUGUCUGCAUACACUUCCCGUGAUCUCAGAGGCCUGACUGUCCAGCACAAGAUUGAGUCUUUUAAAGAGGGACAGACUGUCAUCCUCACACUGGAAGACAAAGGGGUGCUGGAGGAAAAGGAGGACAUCCUGGUGAAUGUGAAUAUGGUUGACAAAGAGAGGGCAGAUAAGAAUGUGGAGCUGAAGAAGAAGAAGCCGGACUACAAGCCCUACGAUGAGGAGGAGACUGUGGAUGACAUGGCGACGUUGAAGACAAAGAACAUGCUUGAAAAGUACGACGAGGAGAUCGACGGGGAGAAGAAGAAGGGCUUCAGGCUGAACGCGGUGGGCUGUGCCGAGGGAGAGAGGGAGCGCGAGCUGCAGGCCAUCAGGGAGGCGCUCCGCAACGAUGCCCAGACCCUGCAGAUGCCAGCCCUCCAAAUUGCGUCAGAGUACUACACAGAGCAGGAGAUGGUCGGCUUCAAGAAGACGAAGAAGAGGGUGAGGAAGAUCAGGAAGAAGGAGAAAGCGGGGCCGUCUGAUGAGCUGCAGGACGACACACGCAUCACAGACUUCGGCUCCAGGUCUCGUGGUCGUGGGCGGCACAAGAUUGAGGAGGAAGCGCUGGAGCCCGUGGAAGAGGAGGAGCCUUUGGAGGAGAAAGUCAUCACCAGCAGCAGCAGCCGAUUGGCUGUGGAGGUCCCAAAGCAGUCUGAUGACAUCAGAGUUGCAGACAUGGACAUGAGUGAUGACGAGGGUGUUGCUCCAUCUGAGCCGGUGGUGUUGGAGGAGGACGAGGCGGAGCAGGAGCUGCAGAAGCAGCUGGAGAAACAGAGGAAACUCAGACAGAAGCAGCAGCAGCAGCAGCUCAAAGACUCUGCAGAGAAGGUGAUGGAGCAGCUGAAGGGUCGGGGUGGUGUCGGUAUGGAGGACGAUGACCCUGACCGCAGGAACAACAUCGUGUUCAACGCCACCUCUGAGUUCUGCCGCACGCUGGGUGACAUCCCCACCUACGGCCUCUCAGGCAACCGCGAAGACCAGGAGGACAUCAUGGACUUUGAGCAUGAGGCUGCGCGUGAGGGAGGAGGCGGUUCUGAGUCUGAGACAGACGAGAACAUUGGCUGGAGCACCGUCAACCUAGACGAGGAGCAGAAGCAGGCUGACUUUGGUACAGCCUCCACCACUAUCCUGGAUGAGGAGCCCAUUGUGAACUCUGGCCUGGCUGCCGCUUUGCAUCUCUGCAAGAAUAAAGGGUUGCUGGACACUCAGAUGCAAAAGGUGGCGAGGGUGAAGGCUCCACAAAAAGUGAUCAUCCACGAUGACAACUACUGCAUCGAGGACAAGAUGAUGAUCGACGACAAGUACAGCCGUAGGGAGGAGUACCGCGGCUUCACCCAGGAGUUCAAGGAGAAGGACGCCUAUAAGCCCGACGUCAAGAUCGAGUACGUGGAUGAGUCUGGACGCAGGCUCACUCCCAAAGAGGCUUUCCGACAGUUGUCGCACCGUUUCCAUGGGAAAGGCUCAGGGAAGAUGAAGACGGAGAAGAGGAUGAAGAAGUUGGAGGAAGAAGCUCUCCUGAAGAAGAUGAGCAGCAGUGACACUCCUCUGGGUACUGUAGCUCUGCUGCAAGAGAAGCAGAAGUCCCAGAAGACGCCCUACAUCGUACUGAGUGGCAGCGGCAAGAGCAUGAACGCAAACACCAUCACCAAGUAACCUCUGCCAGCUUUACAAGGAGACCACAACCUGGCAUUCUCUGACUUUCACACACACGCAGGCCGACCGACACACGCAGGCCGACCGACACACGCACGCCGACCGACACACACACACACA